UGGGUAUUCCCGGUGUUUAUGACGGGUUGGCGUAAGAAUGGUCUCGAUGUGGACGACCUGUUCCGGUGCUCCCGACACGACGAGUCGCAACGUAUUGUCCGGGAGCUGGAAAGGCACUGGAAUAAUGAACAACCUAUUGAUGGACACGACUCGCGAGGAAGUGGUCAUCACUUGAAUGCCAAAAACGCUAAGAAAAAUAAAUUAAAGGGAAAGGGAGGACAGUAUGUCUGUGAGUGGGAAGGGUGUCACAAACGGUACAACACGUUGCGGGGUCUGAAUCGACACAAAUACCUACACCAAGGUGUGACCUACCGGUGCGAUGCGGGGGACUGUAGCUCCGUGUUUGCCAACCCGUCAUACCUUUACGACCAUAAGAGACGAGUGCAUCGCGUGACUGGUGGACAGGGAUGUGAUAAUCAAAGCUCAAGACAUACCGCGAGAUUAGCCGUCAAUUUGAGGUCAAAGGCUAUCAUAAGGAAACUUAAGACACGUGUCAACGCAUCCAAAGACAGCACCGAAACCACGGAUCCAUUGAGUGAUAAUCCAAGAGUCGAUGGAUCGGUAGCUAAGAGUGAAGUGGUUUCAGACGAUAAUGACUCAGAAGUGGGCGUUGAGUGCGAAGACGAGAUAAUAAGCGACGGAUGUGUCGAUGAAACUGAAGACAUGAAUACAAAUCAGGGUUUAAACGAAACUAAUUGCAAGAAAAGCGAUACAAAUGUCACUCAAAGCGGAAGUGAAUUACAGACAAAAUCUGUGAAUAAUUGCGAAACAAAUACCGGAAAACGAAAACUUAAAUCCCGUGGAAGUGAUGACAACGACAACGAUUCAGAUGAAUAUCAUAGCGGUUCCAGUGAUGAGAUAAUGGAGCGAUAA